AUGGCUCAUAUAACAGUAAAAAGAAUUCAUGCAGUUGCAAGAUGGAAAUGGAUUGGUUCAACAAAUGAUAGUGUGUGUGCAAUUUGUAAUAGUUCUUUAGAAAAUACAUGUACUAGUUGUAUACGUCCAGGAAAUGGUUGUCCUCCUGCAUUUGGAAUAUGUGGUCAUCAUUUUCAUUUACAUUGUAUGGAAAAAUGGAUUAAACAAAACAAAUUAACUUGUCCUUGUUGUAGAGCCGAUUGGUAUUAUGAGACCCAACAGCUUAAUUAA